GAGUUAGAUGCGUCACCUUGGCUCUGGGUGGAGACCACUUGGGCAAUCAUCCUUUGUGCUUUGGCUCUGCUCCUGCGUCUCAUCGUGCGAAGCCAUGAGUAUGGACUAGAAGAUUUGCUUCUCAUUCUUGCUUUUCUGGUCAUCAACAGCUCUUGCUUGUGUUUUGUUGCAGAUGGCUUCUCGAAACUGUCAACGGUGGCGAUGUUGUACAAGAUCAUCUGCAGAGGCACCAUGCGAAACAAGAAGUACGUCGCGGUGUUUGCUGCUGCCUCAGGUCUCACUGGUAUCUGGAUCAUCUCUGCCGCCGCUGCCUGGGCUUCUCGUUGUUGGCACCCUCUCCUUACGCACGCGCCUCGAUCAUUGGUUUGCAGUAAUAACGUCAAAAGCCUAGAGGCGAUCAUGGUGCUCAGCAUCUUGAUCGAGCUGCUAGUUUUUCUAGCAUCUUCAUACUUGUUCUGUCGACUGAACAUGAGAAUUCAACACAAGGUCACCGUCAUUACCAUUUUCGGCAUGAGACUUCCGUCAUCUUAUCCUNNGAUCUCCGCCUACUUCCUUGCGGCUUUCAAACACUAUAUCGCUCUCGAUAGCCCUUCUACGAUUAUAUACGGAUCCGCACUAUAUUGGCAGCUCGCCCUGGCGGGGUACAGUGUUCUCGCAACAGCAAUCCAACCCUUAAGGCGUACCGCGACCAAUCUCAGCACCCACACGAAGAUGCCUGUCAGCAGUGCCAGCAGAGGUUCCAGGUCCGGACAGUCUUCGAAACCACGUUCCUCUAGCAAGAUUCAACACUCACUCUUCUUGACAGAGGCUGCCCCUUCGCCGCCACCGCCUAUGAUCUGGUCCAGUGCUCAGGCAGGAGAUCAAAAUCAAGAUGCCGACUCAAUCGAAAGUCAUGGAUCUCAGGACCACAUUGUGAAGAAGACGGACGUUCAAGUCACCUACAGCGAUGAAAGAGGAAAU